AUGGCACAAUUCGAGGAUAUAGCCUUUAAUAUUGCAGCUUUCAUCAGUGGACUCUUUGUCCUUGAAUUUGGCGCUGACAAGUUCAUUGAUAAUGCCGCCAAAGUGGCAGCUCGAUUGAAUGUAUCACCGACAUUAAUUGCGUUGCUCACAUCAGGGGCAGAAUGGGAAGAACUCAUCGUGGUUGUAGCCGCCAUCUCACAGCAUCAAUCUUCACUCGGGUUUGGUAACAUCGUCGGAUCAUCCAUCUCAAAUAUUCUAGGUGCUUUUUCUCUCGGUCUCAUCUUUUCUCCCAGCUCUAUUACUUUCGAUAAGAGUUCUAGGAUUUAUACUACUAUCCUUCCCCUCAUUACUACACUCUUUUCGAUAUUUGUCCUUUUCUUCGAAUCUAUGGGGAAAAUGGUAGGAGCGAUGCUUAUCACUGCUUUUGGUGUAUAUGUCGCUUCCAUAACAUAUGCAAUAUAUAAAGGCAUUGUGGAAGCUCCGGAGGAUGACUCGGAUAGUGAUAGUGAUACUUCUUUAAAUGAGAGGGACUUUGAUGAAAUUCCUUUUGAAAAGUCACGUUCUUCCAUGCGCUCAGGUAGCACUAGAUUGCAAACCAUAUCACGCAAUCACGAUGAUUAUGAAAAUGUUCCACGGCGAGAACUUUCUGGCGAGGAACACGAGGAAAUCAGUUUGAACCCAAAUUUUAAAUCUCAGCGAAAGAUACCCCGUUCGACUCUGUAUCAUAGCGUACACCUCAUAUUAGGUCUUCUUGCUCUUUCCCUCUCCGGAUACAUUCUAUCUCAUAGUCUUACGUCUCUCGCAACGUCACUUUCCCUAUCCACUAAUGUUCUUGGCACCACCAUCCUGUCUAUCGCGACGACUCUUCCGGAAAAGCUCGUCGCCAUACUCUCCGGGAAGAGAAGACAGGGAGGAAUCAUCGUGGCGAACACAGUCGGUUCAAACACCUUUCUAUUAACACUUUGUGCAGGCAUUUUGUUUCUUGCUGGUGAUCUAGAGGCUUUAAAAGAGAGCGUGGGAAUUUUUGAAGUGGCUUGUAUGUGGGGUUCUAGUGUAAUACUUUGCGGAGUUUUAUUCGUGGGGGGUCGAAGAUGGAUGGGUUGGGGAUUGGCGGGCUUAUAUUUGGCGUUUUUGGUGGAAUUUUCGGCACGAGAUAGCUAG